GGCUUGAGUUUUGUUUGAAGUGAACUGCUGCCUGGGACUGCCCUACAAGCUGCAAAGUCGCCAAGCAUUUGAUUUUCAGUGUAUUUUUCACAUUUCCUACAUAUUCUUUCAGCGCCUCUAUGCAUCGUAGAGACGAUGUUAGGCCACCACUAUACGAAUUCCGACAAGUCGCAGCAACUGGUCAACUAUGUGGAGGAUUAUCUGGAAUGUGUGGAGUCCCUGCCUUUGGACAUACAAAGAAAUGUUUCUCUGCUUCGAGAAAUUGAUGCAAAGUAUCAAGAGGUGCUGAAGGAGGUGGAUGAGGUGUUUGAGAAGUACAAAGGGGAGCAGGAUGCAGCUCAGAGAAAGCGGUUGCAGAUCCAGCUGCAAAGAGCGCUCAUCAUCAGCCAGGAGCUGGGCGACGAGAAGAUCCACGUCGUGACCCAGAUGACGGAGCUGGUGGAGAAUCGCUCCCGCCAGAUGGACUCCCACUCCCUCUGCCUCCAGGAGCCCAACGAGGCCGAGCGACUCACUACAGAGCGGCGCACUAGUGUCCAAGACACCCCGGCCCCUGAGCGCACCUCAGCUCGCCGCCCACGGCGCCAGCGCAACAGUGAGAGCCGCGACUCCAGCCACCCGUCAGCCAACGGCUCUCUGGUGGACGACCCUGUGGAGGAGCUGUCCAUCCCUCAGCCUCGAGAGAAGAAAUCCAAGUCUGCCAAAAAGAAAAAGCGCAAGGCCAAACAGGAGCGAGACGCCUCGCCGGUCGACUUCGCCAUCGACCCCAAUGAGCCCACCUACUGCCUCUGCGAGCAGGUGUCGUACGGAGAGAUGAUAGGCUGCGACAAUGACCAGUGCCCCAUCGAGUGGUUCCACUUCUCCUGCGUGGGACUGACCUACAAACCCAAGGGCAAGUGGUACUGCCCCAAAUGCAGAGGGGACAACGAAAAGACCAUGGACAAAAGCCUAGACAAAAACAGAAAAGACCGCCGGUCCAGGUAGUGAGCCUUCAGUUGCCCCUCGCUCAUCUGGAAGACGUCUCCAGGCUGAGGGUUAGGACUAUCAGCUGUAGUUGAUAACAGUACUUGUGAUGUUGUAAGAGCACAAUCGAACACCAUUAGUAGCAGCGCUUCUUAUUAAUCAAGGACAUGUUGGGAUUGAACUCGUGCUGUUACGUCACUGGUUGUCCCCACUGGCUAUAACUGUAUCGUAGUCCACAGGAAGUCCAGCUGCUGCAAGAAUCAUCAGCUCAAAGCUGCCACACUCCUCAAGUUUUUGACUUUCUGUGAGACUUUUAUUUUGACGAAUGAAGAAAAAAAAAAAGAAAGCAUCUUUUGAUUUAUUCUCCAUUUUCAUUCUGGACAAGGUCCGAGUUAAAAAUGCGGCGUUCCUGCUAAUGAUUAUUUUCUGCAGUUUUGGCCAAACUUUUAUUUUUUUUUCUUUAACUUUCUACAUUGUAUGCAGUUCUUUGAAAUCAUCGUCUGUCUAUACAAUAAUGGUUCAUAGAGAAUAACCUACACACGUGUUUACAAGAGAUUGAUAUUUAAUUGAGGAGAUGAUUGUUGACGGGACACUGGAAUAAGAUGUCAUGUUUGUGGACAUAAUGUUUCACUGGUUCACUAUCACUAUUGUGUAAAUUUCUUUUUAUAUUCAUUAAA